AUGUCCCCAUCCAAAAUUCUCCCAGAGUCGUCUACAACUUUGGAGUUGUUCCCCCAUAUCCAUGAUGACCCUGCUACCCUGCCUCAUUCCUUAGAUCCCUUCACCAUCACCACCUCUACUGGCUUUCUUCCCUACCUCACCUCCCCUACCACCCUCCCAGAUGUCUUCAAGCCCUUGAUGUCACUACUUGGCCGUCUCCCCGUUGUCAAGUAUGAUGGUACUCCGGGUCUACUGGCUACCUAUGAGUUGGGUCCUGCCGUCUUGAAGGAACUUCCCGACUUGACUAACGAGGUUGACAAGCUGGUCACUGCUGAUGGAAGCUUGGAUCUUUACACAAUCAUGGCUGUCUUCCGUGACUACUCUUUCCUGGCCUCUUCUUACCUUCUUGAGCCGUGCUGGAAGAACUGGUGUGAGAAUCCUGAUGGUGGUUAUGGCCUUGGUCGGGAUGUCCUUCCCAAGUCUGUGGCUGGCCCACUGUACCGUGCUGGCCAGAUCCUGGACAUCCCUCCAUUCAUGUCCUAUGCUGCUUCAUACGCACUCUUCAACUACACCCUAGAUGACCCGGCCAAGGGUUUGGUAUAUUCCAACCUUCGCCUCGUUAGAGCAUUUGAGCGUGGCCUGGACCCUCGCAGCUCUGAAGCAGGCUUUAUUCUCACCCACAUCGAUAUGGUAAAGGACACCCCUGGCCUUAUCACUGGCGUGCUUCAGGUGAUCGACACGCUGCAGCAAGGUGGGUCACGAUCUACCGUAAAUGAUGGGUUCCGGGAGAUUCUAGCUUCUAUGGAGAAGAUUGAAGCGGGGAUGGAAGACAUGUGGGCCAACUCCAAGCCGUCUGACUACCUCUCCUUCCGCGUUUUUAUCUUCGGCAUCACCUCGCAAUCCAUGUUCCCCAACGGAGUCAUCUACGAUGGCGUCGAAGGCAACAAUCCUCUCCACUUCCGCGGCGAGAGCGGCGCCAACGACAGCAUCAUCCCUCUGCUUGACCAUCUUCUCGAAAUCCCAAUGCCCAAAACGCCUCUCACCGAGAUCCUCCAUGAGUUCCGUGCCUACAGGCCUCUUCCCCACCGGGAGUUCCUUGCCCACAUCCGUACCAAGGCCGAGGAGCUCGGUGUCCGUGAUUUCGCCGUCCAGGACACCGAGACUACCAUCCUCUUCCUCCGGACUUUGAACCACGUGCGUAGUUUCCGUUGGAGACACUGGCUGUUCGCUAGGGAAUACAUUAUCCGUCGCACCCCUCAUCCUACUGCGACUGGAGGAAGUCCAAUUGUUACUUGGCUUCCAAACCAGCUAUCUGCGGUUAUGGAAAUGAUGAUCACUAUAUACGAGGCUGUGCUUUCCCCACGCAAAGCUCAGGGCACUGACGGGUAUGGUGGUGCGUGUCAGAAGCUGGUUGAGCCUAUGAUGGAAAUGGUGCGCGAUCAGAAGGAGAAGCUCGCGAAGGAGGUUGAAAAGUGGUGCAAGGAGAGAGGCGUUUAG